UGAAUGUUUACUACAAUGGCAACGCCUCGACUUCUCCCACAGUUUCACGCGCAUUGUCUUACGGUUCUCACGUGUUAUUGCACUUUUCCCGACCCGGUUACACAGCCGAAUACUACAGUAUUGUCGUCGGUCGUGUGUGGCACAGUUAAGUGUUUGUACAAGUUUCCAUAAGGCGUCGCAGCAGACGUUUGUGACUCACUCGCUCGUUUUGUGAUUGAUUUUCCGUGAAUUUUCCUUUGUAUGAGUGCAUGUCGCUAAUGGUAAUCAGUCGCUAAUAGUUAGCGAGCGUCGGCCAGUGUUUGUGUAUGAUGGUAUUGUUGGGGCCUACUCUCCCGUCUCCCGCGCCGAGGAGACAGUGCUGAGCCCCCAGUGAUGUUCUCAGCCUUAGCCUACCAGUUAUCUACUAAGUUUCUGGAAGAACAAAAGUGUUCGUGCUUAGAGCCGCGAGUGAAGCGCCGCGCCAUGUCGAAGAAGCCGGCCGCGCAGCCGACGCUGCACAAAGUCAUCAUGGUGGGCUCCGGCGGCGUGGGCAAGUCCGCGCUCACGCUGCAGUUCAUGUACGACGAGUUCGUCGAAGACUACGAGCCCACUAAGGCUGAUAGCUAUAGGAAGAAGGUGGUGCUGGACGGCGAGGAGGUACAGAUCGACAUCCUGGACACGGCGGGGCAGGAGGACUACGCCGCCAUCAGAGACAAUUACUUCCGCUCCGGCGAGGGCUUCCUCUGCGUCUUCUCCAUCACCGAGCCUGAGAGCUUCGACGCCACGCAGGAGUUCAGAGAACAGAUCCUCCGCGUGAAAAACGACGAGAACAUUCCGUUCCUGCUGGUGGGUAACAAGUCAGACCUGGCGGACAAGCGCCGCGUGCCGCUCGACGCGUGUCGCGAGCGAGCGCAGCACUGGCAGGUGCCCUACGUCGAGACCUCCGCCAAGACACGGGACAACGUCGACAAGGCGUUCCUGACGCUGAUCCGUCAGAUGUCGCGCAUGAAGAAGGGGCUGGCGGCUGAUGAGGAAGAAGUGGUGGAGAAGAAGCGACUGCCUUGCUGCGUUGUCUGCUAGUAGACUCUAAUGCACUGAGAUAGAGGACGUAGCCUUAUGUGAUAGGGAAUAAUGUAGGAAAUCUGAACAGUAUGUACGGUCUCAACGGUAGGUGUAACUGUAUAUCUGAACACCAAAAUCUUAAAUGUAAAAGCUAUGUGCAACGAACAAUGCGAACUCUACUGCUACCCAAAGCUAAACAUUUCCCAGUGUAUGAUAACUUCAUUAAAAGAUGACAAAGAUGAAGAGUAAUGUAUAGUUUCUAUCUAUACUUUCCAGGACUUCAAAUUAAACAUCUCAAAGUGAAUGUGUAAGGUUUACAUGUUGCCAUAUUAGAUAACAAAUGCUCAGACAAUAUUAGACAAGAACGCUAAGAAGCGCUGGCUACGUCCAUAUUUCUAACAAAUUAGCACUGCCAGUUAAAUGUGACAUAUGACAGUAUUUUCUAAUACAAACUGAGUUAAGGUUAUCGUUUAUAGUAAUUUAUUUAACUGGUUUAACCUAAGAAUAAGUAAAAUAAUGUCACUCGUGUUAAAUUCUGUUUCCUUUACAUUCCAAAAGUGUACUGUGUAAUAUAUUCCAUUAGAGUAGUGGCGCCAUCUAUUUAGACUUCGUUUUGCUAUCACUGUAUAUGUAUGUACGUAAGAUAGAUAUACUCGUCGCUCAAUCUCAAAGGACCUGCUUGUGCCAACAAACUCGUGCGUCUGCGCCGGUCGCCCGAAUAUCGGAUAUUUCAUAAACUGUCCUCUAAAUAAAUCCAUGUUCGGGUACCCGAUCUCGCGAUUUUAUAGGUUGUCUUGCCAAACCAGCUAUUACCUAGUAACUCAAUUAAUACGAAUAUUUCUGUAAAUAUUUAUAAUGAUAUAUUUAAUAAAUAAAACAUUGUAUAAAG